CUGGCGUCUGGGGUUGUUUCUCGAGGCUCGAAGCCAUCAUCGUCGGCGUCCAAUGCAGAUGCUAAGCACCCACAUGGCUAUAGGAGGCCUACGGCCCCUACAGCUCUUCCUCUGUACAAGAUCAUCACCACCAAGUUGUUCCCGAUGAGCGCCAGUGAAUCAUUCCAGCAUUGGAAGUCGAGACAUCUCCUGGACGAUGCGCAGUGGGACCUUUUACAGCUCUUGUCGUUGCCCAAUAGAGACCUGGAGGUUGUCAAGACUGCCAUAGGAAGAGGAAACACCAUGAAUGAAGUGUGCAUAACACCAAGGAAUGUCACUGAUCCUGCGAAGCUGAACCACUUUGUUCUGAUACACGGGUACGGUGCUGGCCUGGGAUUCUUCUUGAAGAACUUUGAGGCGAUCUCUCAAAAUGAUAACUGGUGUAUCCAUGCCUUAGAUUUACCUGGUUACGGCUGCUCUUCAAGGCCUGUGUUUGACAGAUCCAUACCACUGGAGAACUAUUUCAUAGACUCGCUCGAGAAGUGGAGAAGUGAAAGAAACAUCGACUCGAUGCUGAUGUGCUCCCACUCGCUGGGUGCGUACCUCUCGGUUCUAUACACAAUGAAGUACCCCAAUGCUGUGAAGAAGUUGCUGUGCAUAUCACCUGCUGGCAUAUAUAGACCACCACAGCCUCCGGGCGAGAUUCCAGCAUGGUUUGAUUGGCUAUGGGAGCAGAACGUGUCACCAUUCUCGCUGGUGAGAAACUCUGGGCCAUUUGGAAGCAUGAUCACAUCCGGCUGGACAUCCCGUAGAUUCGCCAAACUGACACAGGAAGAACGUGAAAGGCUUCACAGGUACACCUAUGCCAUCUUCAACGCCAGAGGCUCAGGAGAGUACUACAUGCCACAGAUCUUGGGUGCUGGAGCUGUGGCCAAAGUUCCACUGGUGGAUAAGAUCCAGAACGCCAGCUGUGACAUAGCAUGGGUCUAUGGUGAUGACGAUUGGAUGCCAAAGGAAGGAGGAGUUGAAUGCUCCAAGAUCAUCAACUCACAAACUGCACAUAGCUCUGAGUUCCUGGUUAUGGAGAACUGUGGUCACCAUAUAUACCUGGAUAACUAUCCACGGUUUAACGAGUACGUGCUUUCUGAAAUGAAAAGA